ACAAAAGCGGACUGUCUCAAAGAAAGGCCAAACCAAUUGGAUGACGGUAUAAGAGAUUACAAGAAAUCUGGAACAAGAGGAUUAAUUCUUAAACAUUGAACGAUGUCUGGUAUAGGAGUCACAAUGCUUGCGAGAGUUUCGUUUUAUCCAACGCUAGUUUAUAAUGUGGUGAUGGAAAAAAUUACCUCGCGGCGAUGGUACGACCGUAUAGAUGAAACCGUAAUUUUGGGAGCUUUACCCUUUCGCGGAAUGACCAAACAGCUUGUGAAUGAGGAAAAUGUGAAGGGAGUUGUGUCCAUGAACGAAGACUACGAACUUUGGCUAUUUUCGAAUCAUAAAGAGGAAUGGGAAAAGCAUAACGUGGAGUUUUUACAAUUAUCAACAACAGAUAUAUUCGAAUCGCCUUGCCAGGAAAAAUUAAAAAGUGGGGUGAAUUUUAUCAAUAAAUUCCGAUCGCCUUCACAUAAAAUUAUCGAAGGAGCACAAAUCGCUGCGGAUUCCCGUUCAAAGCCUUUAGACACGGUUUACGUUCACUGUAAAGCAGGAAGAACCCGAAGUGCUACGCUAGUUGGAUGCUACUUAAUGAUGAAAAAUGGAUGGACACCAGAAGAAGCAGUUUCUUUCAUGAGAAGCAAAAGACAGCAUAUACUACUUCACAGAGUCCAAUGGGAUGCUUUGAGAACAUUUUAUGAAACGAAUGUAGGGAUAUCCACGUCGUGACAUUGAACCAGUUCAUUAAAGAUAAUAAUAUUUCUUUGUUAUUUAUUUCGUCAGAGCUAAUAUUGAAAAGUUGUUACGACUCAUUAAUACUUCAAUAGAUUCAAAAAACAACUUUGCAAUUUCUAAAAUUUUUAUUUCUAUCAAGCGUCUCGAUGACCUUGAAAAAUAUUGAAUACCUAUACAAUGUCCGUGUACAUACAUAUAUAAUGUACAAGUCGUGCAUAUGAUUCAAGCGAGAACAUUUACAGAGUACAACAAAGAUGCAAAUUUCACCUGGAAACCAAGUUUAUAAAUAUAUCAUUUUGUUUGA